UUCAGCCAAUUCAGAACUGAAGAUGCGUGGGUUAUAUUUUCAAAAAUAUCAUACGUCACUGAUCGAUUGUAUCAGGAUUAAAUUGCAGCCUGCGUCACGAUCGUGGCAGCAUGAUUAAUGUAAAGAUCAAGUGCUCGAUUCUCAUAUUUCCUGUAAUCGAUGUGCUUAUUCAUUUAUUAUUAUUACUUUUUACUUUCAUUAUCAGAAAACACGUUUAACUAUCUGGCACUGGUGGAUCGAAAUUUUGAUAACCCGACCUAGAUAUACCGAUCCUCGUACCAAUGCCAAAGAGUAAGUACGACGUGAAGUGCCGGAGGCAGAUGUUGUCUGAGUCUGUGAGGCUGGUGGAAGGUUCGGAGGCGUUUGAAAGAUGGCAAAACGUGCCGGUACCAGUUUUCUAUAAAGUGUACUUUUUCAACGUGAGUAAUCCGGACGAUGUACAGAACGGGAUUCAGCCAAUUGUCGAGGAAAUCGGCCCUUACGUUUACAAGCAGUACAGAACGAAGAUAAACAUUACUGCGGCUGAUGAUCUGCUUUCCUAUUAUCAGCACCAGCUUUUCGAAUUCGACGAAGAAGCGUCGGACCCGUUAACGGAAUACGAUGACAUAACUGUCGUAAAUUUACCCCUCAUGUCGAUUGCAACGGUGGCUGAGUAUAACUCAGCAUCGAGUCUUAUCUCCCAACUGGCUCUAUUGAACACUGCUAUUCCAACGAUCUUCCAAAAUCCAACCUCGGUAUUCCUGACCACGACACCGAGGGACUUCCUCUUCGACGGUGUCUACGUAUACUGCAACUCUACCGGCAUUAUCAACACCAUUAUAUGCAAUCAAAUUGAGAAUUACGCCCCGAAAACGAUGCCUCGUUUGUCGGACGGCCGGUUCAAGUUUUCCCUCUUCAGCCACAAAAAUGAUUCAAACGACGGUUACUACUCGAUCAACAGCGGUCUCAACGACAUUUCUCAACUGGGAGACAUAAUUUCCUGGGAAAACUCAAGCGUGUUGGAUACGUGGACGGAAGACGGUAGUUGUAACGACAUAGUCGGUUGCGAUGCGAGUAUCUAUCCACCGUUCAGAACCCAGGGACCAAGCGUAAACAUUUUCAGCACCGACAUAUGCAGGUCAGUGAGGCUUGACUUUUCGGAAGUAUCCAGUUACUCCGGAAUUGAUAGUUACAAGUACGUGGUUAGCAAAGACAUGCUCUCAUCGCCGUUAACCUAUUCGGAAAACCAAUGCUUCUGCCUGAAUCGUACCGAAGGAAUAAGAGGCACCGAUGGCUGUCUAUUGGACGGCGCUAUGGAGCUUUGGGACUGCCAAGGUGCACCGAUCGUUCUUUCACAUCCGCAUUUCUACCUCGCGGACGAAUCGUAUCAAAAUGGCGUCGAUGGACUCAGCCCGAACAAAUCUCUGCACGAAAUGUUCGUGGAAUUGGAACCGAUAACCGGAACUCUUCUGCAUGGAAGUAAAAGAGUUCAAUUCAACAUCUUCCUCAGACCAAUCUCGCGCAUCUCUUUGACCACCAAUCUGUCCACCACACUGAUGCCUGUUGUGUGGAUCGACGAGGGCAUCGAACUAACCGAUGAAUUUAUCGAUGAACUGAACACGAGUCUGUUCGAUCUACUGGAUCUUAUUAAUUAUAUCAUAUGGGGUGCCAUAGGCGGUGGGACGGUUUUGUUCGUCAUAGGAUUUGUCUGGUCGCUGAUAUCAUGCUGCCGGUCUAGAUCAACAUCUGCCAAAAAAGUCGGUGGAUAAAUAAUCUACGCUCGUAUUUUUCAUCUGUUGUGUAAAUACGCUUAAAGAAGAAAACUUUUUUUACCACCAGUAUAAUAAUUCGGUAUUAAAAUCCAUUUCCGUAUAGUGAUAAUAAUAAUAAUAAUAGUAAUAAUAAUACUAUAAUUAUGUACUGCUGCGCUAUUCUACUGAAAAAAAUGUUCCAGUUUGGAUUAAAUACAUUGUAAUAUACUACGUUAUAGUAGAAACAUGUUAUAUAGUCGUCACUGUAAGAGAAACGUGUGAUAAAAAUUCGAAACGAUUUUCGAAAAAAGAUUCAUAUAAUAUUAAGAAAAAAUACUUAUAC